AUGCUACUCUCGGAAAAGGAGCCGAUUGCCGUAAUUGGUAUGGCAUGUCGCUUUCCAGGAGGAUGUGAUUCUCCCUCAAAGCUCUGGGAACUGAUCAAGUCACCGCGUGAUUUAUCCAAGCGUAUACCUACGGACCGUUAUGACACAACUGGGUUUUAUCAUGCCAACGGAUCACAGCACGGAGCUUCAGAUGCCACCAAGGCAUAUUUCAUCGAAGAAGAUGUGACUCGCUUCGACAAUGGGUUUUUCAAUAUCCAACCGGCGGAAGCCGAGGCUAUUGAUCCACAGCAGCGCUUGGUCAUGGAAACUGUAUAUGAUUCGCUGUGUGCUGGUGGUCAAACAAUUGAAGCAUUGAAAGGCUCAAAAACAGCUGUCUAUGUCGGCAUGAUGUGUGAUGACUGGAACCAGCUUGUUAACCGCGACUGGGAUCUGAUGCAGACAUACGCUGCGACUGGCCAGAGUCGUGCGAUCAUUUCCAACCGUGUAUCAUACUUCUUCGACUGGCAUGGGCCCAGUAUGACCAUCGACACGGCCUGUUCAUCGUCGCUUGUUGCGGUCCAUCAGGCUGUAACAGCCCUGCGAAAUAGCGAGUGCCCGAUUGCAAUCGCCGCAGGAGCCAAUCUGAUAAUUGCUCCUGGUAUGUUCAUUGCGGAGAGCAAUCUUCAUAUGUUAUCGCCUACUGGGAGCAGCAAGAUGUGGGAUGCCGCAGCAGAUGGGUAUGCUCGGGGUGAGGGCAUUGCUUCUGUAGUGCUGAAGCCACUUAGUGCUGCGUUGAGGGAUGGUGAUAACAUCGAAUGCAUCAUUCGAGAGACGGCUGUGAACCAGGAUGGUAAGACUGCUGGCAUGACAAUGCCUAGUAACAUCGCCCAGACAGAAUUGAUUCAGGAUACGUAUGCUCGUGCUGGGCUCGAUAUCAACGAUCCCAAAGACCGACCCCAGUUUUUCCACGCACAUGGUACUGGAACUCCUGCAGGUGACCCACAGGAAGCCGAAGCCAUCUCACGAUCAUUUUUUGGAGAUGGUCAAACAGCCGAAAAGCUAUACUUUGGCUCUAUCAAGACUGUCAUUGGUCUUAUUGGAUCGGCUCUGGCUAUGCAGCACGGCUUUAUUCCCCCAAAUCUUCACUUUAAAAAGCUCAGCGAUCGCGUUGCCCCAUUCUUUGAACAUCUUCAAAUCCCAACGUCAGCCGUGCCUUGGCCAGCCACAUUACCCGGCCAGCCACGUCGAACCAGCGUGAACAGCUUUGGGUUUGGGGGCACUAAUGCUCACGCCAUUCUCGAGUAUCCUCCCAAGAAGGAUCCUGUCAUCAACUCUUCCUUGGCCGUGGUGCCAGCAUUUACUCCACUCACGAUCUCGGCCGCCUCAAAAUCUACUUUGCGGGCUAUGCUUGAAAAUCUUCGAGCUUACCUUCAGAAAAAUCCAAGCACCAACAUUCGGGAUUUAACACACACCCUGCAGACACGAUGGUCAACGCUUCCUUACCGUAAGCCCAUCGUGUCCACCAAUGUUGAGGACGCAAUCAAGAAGAUCGAUGGUUUGCUGGCCGACGAUACCAACAACACAGAUGGUGGCUUCGCCACUCGCUACUACGACGUCAUAAGACCCAAAGUUCUUGGUAUCUUCACAGGGCAAGGCGCUCAGUGGCCUCGCAUGGGUGCACAGCUACUUGAAUUGUCACCAUUUGUUUCACAACGCAUUGCGGAGCUUCAACGAGCCCUUGCCACUCUACCGGAUAGAGAUCGGCCCGACUGGACACUGUACUCGCAGCUCCUCGCUAACUCGAAGUCUUCUCGGCUGGCUGAGGCAGCUCUCGCUCAGCCAUUGUGCACUGCUGUCCAAAUUGUGCUCGUUGAUUUACUUCGAGCAGCAGGAAUUGAUCUGUGCGCCGUUGUCGGUCACUCAUCUGGUGAAAUUGGUGCAGCGUAUGCUGCAGGCUUUCUGUCAGCCUCUAAUGCUAUCCGUGUUGCUUAUUAUCGGGGUCUCUAUGCCAAACUGGCGCAGGCUGGAGGACCAGGUGCCAUGAUGGCGGUUGGCACCUCAUAUGAGGAUGCACAAGAGUUCUGCGAGUUGGACGACUUCGUUGGCCGAAUCCAGGUUGCAGCGCGUAAUUCCUCAUCCAGCAUCACGCUUUCUGGUGAUGAAGAAGUCAUUGAGGAGGCAGUUGCCAUUUUCCAGGAUGAAGGUAAAUUUGCGCGUCGAUUGCGGGUUGACACCGCCUAUCACUCAACCCACAUGUUGCCGUGCGCGAAGCCCUACCUUGCGGGUCUGGCUAGAGCCGGUUACAGUGUUGACGAGGGCAAUGGUACAACAUGGUUCUCUAGUGUUGUUGAAGGCGGCCAUGUCAUGACCAAAGAGGAUGUUGAACAAUCACAGUACUGGGUUGAUAACAUGACAAGCGCAGUUCUAUUCGAGCCAGCUGUAUCGAAAGUUGUUGGGGAAAGCGGACCUUUUGAUAUGGCCAUCGAGUUCGGUCCCCACCCGGCACUGAAGGGACCUGCCCUUGACACGAUCCAACAGUCCACUAGUCAUAAAAUUCCGUACGUGGGUCUGCUAGCCCGUAACAAAAGCGACGUUGAUGAACUUGCCUCGGCACUUGGCUACUUGUGGUUGCAUCUUGGUGCCUCUUCAGUUGACUUCAAUGGCUUCGAAAAGCUCAUAUCUGGAGUUGGAUCCCCGGAAAAUCAUAUUUUGACAAAUCUGCCUACGUAUCCUUUCGAUCACUCGCGCUCUUUCUACUCUCUCACUAGAGUCUCUGGCGGCCAUCGCAAUUUGCACUCGUUGCCACAUCCUCUUUUGGGACGACGUCUAGUGGAAACUGAGACAGAUGAAGAGAUCUCUUGGCGGAAUGUCCUGCGCUUGUCUGAGAAUAAUUGGCUUCAAGGCCACGCCUUGCAAGGUCAGAGUGUUUUCCCGGCUAUGGGUUAUAUCUCUUUGGCUGUGGAAGCUGUCGCUGCUGCCGCCGGAGAUCGCAAACUGGGACUUAUAAGGCUUGAAAAUGUCGUUAUCGGCCGCGCUCUCUCAUUUGAUGAUGAAAAUACCGGCGUGGAGACUAAGAUAACUCUCCGUGUGGUUCGAUCUACCAGUGACGAACUCUCGGCUCGCAUCUCUUGUCACUCUGGUUUACCAUUUGAUAGCGCAAACCCGCUUGUCUUGAACUUCAGUUCUAUAGUUACGGUUAGCAUUCAUGAGCCAGAAAUUGACAUGCUUCCUCCAGCUCGCCGUGACGAGAUCAAUCUGGUGGAUGCGGAAGCCGAGCGUCUCUAUUCCCAGUUCGUCAAGCUUGGAUACAACUACAGCUCCCCAUUCACAGGCGUACGAUCAAUAAAACGCAAAAUGAGCUGGGCUAUUGGUGAUAUAGAGGAUGAGUCAGGUGGUGCUUGGGAAGACAAGCUCCUAGUCCAUCCGGGCUGGCUCGACUCGGCCAUCCAGACUGGGUUUGCAGCCUAUAGCCACCCACAUGACAAUCGUCUCUUUACCCUCUGCGUGCCGACGUCCAUUCGCUCCGUUGUCAUCAAUCCGUGGUUUUUUGCGGAUAAUCAUGAUCGUGUCCUACAAUACCAGACAUCGUCCCGUCCGGCUCCCGAAGGUCAUAUGACAGUCGACAUUGAUAUCUUCUCUGGCGGCUCAUCCCAAGUGCACCCAUUUGUGCAGUUUGAAUCGAUUGAGAUGCAGCCAUUUGCUGCACCCACACCUCGCGAUGACGCCGUGAUAUACACACGCUAUCAUUAUCGCUCGGAAGCUCCCGAUGCGACCUCGGGUAUAGUUAAUGCUAUUACAGAGAACGACGAUAUGCUGUUCGCAUCCGAGCGUGUGGCGUUCUUUUAUCUUCGCAAAUUGGAGGAGGUCAUUACUGAAUCGGAAAGGUCGGACGCUCCGGCCCACUUCCAGGUCUUGUUGGACUUCGCUCGUCGCGCCGUGGAAUCUGUGUCGCAGGGGCGGCAUCCUCAAAUACCGAGUGAGGCGUUGAAAGAUUCCCCGGCCUUUGUCCGUUCACUUCUUUCAAAGCACUAUGGCCACAACUAUAUGCGUCUGCUAGAUGCAGCUGGUGAUCACUUGGCUGAGCAAAUCCGUAGCGGUGGAAGCGUCAGGGAGAACCUCGUUAAAGACGGGUUGCUGAAUCAGUUCUACCGAAAUCUUACAUCAAACCAGGGACAAGAGAGUGCGAAUACUUGGUACGCGCGCGUGGUGGCCCAGAUCACGUAUCGUUUCCCACGAGGCCACAUUCUGGAGAUUGGGGGCGGGUCCGGCGCUGGCUCGACUGCAUCAAUCCUCUCCUCCCUAGGUGACUCUUUCUCAAAUUACACAUACACAGAAAUUUCACCUAAGGCUCUUGAAGAGGCACAAGAGCGUCUCCGUGGGUUCGGUGACCGCUUGUCGCUUGUGACAUACGAUCCCCGCCAGCCUGCUGCAGAACAGGGGCUAGAUGAAGAGCGCUAUGAUGUUGUGCUGGCAUCGAACAGUUUGUAUGCUGUCGAGGACCUCGAUGAGAGACUAGCCAAUGUAAGAAAGCUACUAAGACCCGGCGGCUACUUGGUUAUUCUUGAAAUCAACACCAACGACUCCCUGAGCUUGGGUACCAUUUUGGGUGGGCUACCCGAGGGACCCAGCCCAAGCCGCCGCAGCGCACUAUCCCUGUCGCGGUGGGACGCGUUGCUCCGCAGGCACGGAUUUAGCGGUAUCGACACGCACACUCCUUUCUUCAACCCCAGCAAGCCACAAUGGUUCACCGUCUUUGUCAGUCAAGCUGUUGAUGAUCGCAUCAAUUGCUUGCGUACUCCCUUGAUCAGUCCGACACAAAACAUAACUCACCUGGUUGUCGUCGGCGGGAGGACGGCGGCGAUCGCCCAGCUUAGCCAGAAUGUCUGUGAUUUACUGAGGUCGCGAUAUGCUGCCGUUACUCGGAUCAAAUCGCUCGAGGAACUAAAUAAACGAGGCCUCGAUUCUGGGAGCUCUGUUUUGUCGCUGACGGAAUUGGAUGAGCAGUUCCUUGAGACCCGUACUGAAGCCAAAAUUGACGCUCUCAGAAGUGUCUGCAGACAUGGUAGCAGUAUUCUGUGGGUGACAUACGAGGCCAGAGCCGGGCGUCCUUACUCGUCCAUUGUUCUCGGUUUAGCCCGUGUUCUUCGCCAUGAGUAUCCGGCAAUGACACUGCAGCUGCUCGAUUUCGAUGCGGCCACGACAGCGACGCCCCAUAUUCUUGCGGAAGCCCUUGUGCGCCUCGAACUCGGGGCGCGGUUCAAGAAAGAACAGAAUUACAACCUCCUCUGGUCCAUUGAGCCCGAGAAUCAUUAUGUUAACGGUCGCCUGUUGAUUCCACGACUACUCCCGGACAUAGACGCCAACAACCGGUACAACACUUACCGCCGUGUAGUGUCAAGUCAAGUUGAUCUCCGCGAGAAGAUGGUAAUACUAGAGCCAACCGUUGAUGGGAAUGCUUUUGAGCUUGCCAUAGUAUCCCCGCUGCGUGUUGUGGUGCCGUCUCGGCUAUAUGGCAAGACCGUAACUCUUCGGGUCGAAAGUUCGCUUCUGCAGGCCAUUAAAAUUCGAGACGCUGGCUAUUUUCAUUUGCUUGUUGGCACCGAAAUUUCGUCAGGACAACGUUUUGCCGCAAUCUCCGAUGUGGCUGUUGAGUCCCGCGCAUGUGUGCCUGUUGAAUGGACGGUGCGCUUGUCUGCAAAAGACAGCAAUAUAAAUAGCUCGCUUGUCGAUGUUGCUUCAAACAUUCUUGCACAAACAAUCAUCGCCAGUGCGCCACACUUUGGUAGUGUUGUUUUACACGAAGCAAGCCCGCGUCUCAAAGAUGCUUUGGACAUUGAGGCGGCUAGAGAAGGUAUUCGCGCUGUCUUUACAACAUCAUUGAAGAAAAAAACAGCCUCCAACCAUCGAUCGCCAUUUCUCUUCAUUCAUGAAAGGCUCCCUGCUCGUCAAGUACAGGCUCUCUUACCACGCGAUGUGUCCCUGCUCAUUGACUUCUCAUCUGACGCUGGAGAAUUUGAUUCUGGUCUGAUGGGCCGUGCUUUGGGUCUUGGAAAGGAUUCCAACUUGGAAGUACGGUUUACUUCAACUAAUUUCCUGCGUACAAAAUCUGGGUUUUCUCCGGAUGCAAAUGAGCAUGAUGUAGACUAUGUUGGUCAAGCGUUCAAGGCUUCCUGGAGGGCAGUAACUAACCGAGCGCGACUGCCCGCGUCCUUUGCUCGCGAAGAGGUCCCAACUCUACCAUUGCAGGACACAACUGGCUUCCCUGUUUCAACUGAUACAUUCACUCUUAUUGAUUGGAGUUCUUCGACAGUGCAAGCUUUAGUGCGGCCGAUUGACCAUGGGCCUAUAUUUCGAGCCGAUGGAACCUACUUGCUCGUUGGUCUGACGGGUGAGCUAGGACAGUCACUAUGUUCUUGGAUGGUAGCUCAUGGAGCUCAAAAUGUUGUUCUUACUAGUCGACGACCCAAAGUGAGCCAGAGCUUCAUUGAUUCGUGUGCAACCCAAGGGGCGAUCAUUAAAACGGUGUCCAUGGACGUCACUAGCCGGGAGUCUGUGCGCAUAGCCCAUAACGAGAUCCGAAAUGAGCUGCCGCCCAUCAUUGGUGUUGCUAAUGGAGCCAUGUUGAUGGAUGAUGCGUUGUUCGAUGAUAUGAAAUUUGAGUCUCUCCAGCGGACAGCGCCGCCCAAAAUUGAAGGUUCUGUCGUUCUAGACGAAUUUUUCUACGAUACGCCGCUCGAUUUCUUCAUUCUAUUUACUUCUUUGGCCAACGUUGUCGGAAACACAGGUCAGUCCGCGUACAUAAUGGCUAAUCAGUUCAUGGCUGCUCUGGCAGCUCAUCGCCGUGACGUUCGUGGAGUUGCUGGCUCCGACAUGGCUAUCAGCUCAAUCCAGGGCUUGGGUUACUUUGAGCACGCUAACCACCUGGACAAGGAUCACUUUACUCGCAUUGGGUAUCGCAAUGUUUCGGAGCAAGAUUUCCUCAGUCUUUUUGCAGAGACUGUUCUUGCUGGACGCCCUGGCGAGAAAGAUGGUUCAGAGGUCUGCACUGGUGUAUCCCCCUUCCGCGAGGGUGCGACACUACUCAGCAAUCCAUGUUUCAGUCAUCUUCUGCUACACGAUGCUGCUGAUGGUGGUCGACAAGGUGCUCGUGGCAAUGCUGGCAAAGCUGGGCAUCCUAGAGCUCGUUUGAUGACUGCCAAGUCCCAAGAUGAAGCACAGGCGAUUAUUCGUGAAGCUGUGAUUGAUCGAUUGAAGCGUAUUCUAAUGAUCCCUCAAGGCGAAAGUAUGAACGAGAAGGUUUCGCUCGUGGAGCAAGGUGUCGACUCCAUCAUGGCCGUUGAUGCUCGCACCUGGUUCUUACAGGAAUUCGAUGUCGACCUUCCAGUGCUCAAAAUCCUGGGACCUGCAUCGACGGUUGAAUCCUUGAUUGGUGAGGUGACCAAAAAUGUUCCUUCAGGCCUCCUCGACCUCGAGAAAUUGGGCACCGUAGGGGAUGCUUCACCAGGUCGUACACCAGCUAUCCUGGCUUCUGCCGCCGCUACUUCUGCUGCAGUUGUUCCCGCAUCUCCUCCUAUCAAUGUCGUUGUGGAGACGGCAACCAGUUCAGAGGGGUCGGCAAGCCCACGCGGCAUACCAACGCCGCAAUCUUCAGCUGACACACCCCCAGAGACGCCUCUCAAUAAGCCUCUUGAUCUUUCGGAUGCCUUUAAGCAAAAAGAACUUUCGGAUGUUGCACCGAUGCAGCAGCUUGAAAAUUCAAAACGGAAGGCAGUUCUCGGAUGUUCUACCGAGAUUGUUGAGCCGAUGACCUUUGGGCAAAAGCGCUUCUGGUUCCUCCAUCACUACAUUGACAACCCUACAACAUUUAACAUUGCCUAUUCAUUUAAACUCAAUGGCACCAUUCGUACUGGCGAGCUUGCCAGGGCCGUUGAAACCGUGGCUGAUAGGCAUGAAGCACUGCGUACGCGCUUCUUUUGGUCAAAUGACGAUACCAAGACCCCUAUGCAAGGAAUCAUGUCUAAGUCCCUCGUGCAUCUGGAGGCAAUUCAAAUUGAUUCCGAAGCUCAGGCGUUAGAAGAGCUGGAUGCGAUGCGUGAACAAAAGUGGGACCUUGGCGACUGGAAGCAGCUGCGACUACGCCUGCUCUCGCUUUCCGAUACUGUGCACUACUUGCUCAUGGGAACACAUCACAUCUCGAUGGAUGGAUUUAGCAUGAACGUGCUGAUGCUUGAUAUAAAUCGAGUCUACAACGGCUCCGGAAUCCCGCUAGUUCCCCUGGCUGCUGGCUCGCAAGCCCGUGAUUUUGGUCAGCAGCAGCUACUCGCCUAUGAGGCCGGUAAAUUCCAGCCAGCCAUCAUGUACUACCGUCAAGCCCUAAAAUCCAUUGACCUCUCGCGCCCGGUCGAACUGCUUUCUUUUGCCCGCUCUCAGAUCCGUCAUCCGCUAGAAAGUUACAACAGCACUGUGACCCGCGUCCGUCUCGAUUCUCAGACUACAGCACGCUUGAAGAGCCUUGCGCGCAGUCACAGAUCUACUUCAUUCCACGCGUAUCUAGCGGCACUGCAAGCACUUCUCUUCCGCCUGUUGCCUACAGAGACUACAGAGAAAUUGAUCAUUGGCAUUGCCGAUGCCAAUCGAAUCGACGGCAAAUUCAUGGGCAGUAUCGGUAACUUCCUCAACGUGCUGCCGGUUCUAUUUGACCGCAACUCUGGUGGUUGUACUUUCGGGCAAGCGAUCGAAGAUACCCGUAACAAUGUUUAUGCGACUCUCGAGCACUCUGGACUGCCUUUCGAUUUGCUUCUGGAUGAGCUAGCUGUGCCGCGAUCUAAUGCAUAUCCCCCCGUGUGCCAGAUCUUCAUGGACUACAAACUCUUUACGAGAGAGCAAGCGGAAAUGCCUUGGGCUGGGUGCAAAGUAAGUGAGCAUAAGUGGCAUCCAGCAAGAGGUGCAUAUGACAUCGCACUUGAGAUUGUUGAGGAUCGAGAGAGUGCGUUGCUGGCCAUCCAUACACAAGAGGCAUUGUACAGCAAGGAAGCCACAGAUCUGCUCAUGCGGAGCUAUGUCAACGUUCUGAAGGAGGUUGUGAAGCAAGGUGGUGAGAAAACGAAGGUUGAAAAGUUGGAAAAAUGGGAUAUGACCGAUGUCAAGACCGCGUUGGAACUUGGAAAGGGUUCUGACCUGCCACUGCAGUGGCCCACUGUCGCACAUCGUAUCGAUGAGGUCAUUGCCCAAUUUCCUGACAAUCUGGCUGUCAAGGAUGGUUUCGGUCGUGCUCUGACAUAUGCAGCUCUCGAUGAACAAGUUGAGAGCAUCGCACGCGCUCUCCGAGAGAGAAUUCCAGAUCAAUCCACUGAACAGUCCAUCGUUGGCGUUUUCCAGACGCCAUCUGCUGAUUGGAUUUCCUCUCUCGUUGCUAUUCUUCGUGUUGGUGCUAUAUACCUGCCUUUGGAUCUAAAGGUUUCCACCUCGCGCCUGAAUUGCUAUGUGAAUGCAACACGGCCAUCUUGCAUCCUGGUUGACAAAAAUACCAGUGAGCGCCUCCAAGAGAUUGGUGUUGACUCGGAGAGCACUGUUGCUAUUAUCAAUGUAUCUGACCUACCUCUUGCCGCUGAGAUCAAGAAAGGAAGAACUGUCACAGUAGCCCAGAGCAAUCGUCCGGCAUAUAUCAUCUUUACCAGUGGUUCAACUGGCGAGCCGAAGGGCAUCGUUGUGAAGCAUGCCAGUUUCCGCGCCAUGGUCGAGGGCUUUGUUCGCGAGUGGGACAUCACCAACCUUGGCCGAGUUGUGCUUCAGCAAUUUGCCUUGACUUCUGAUGGCUCGCUAAAGCAGAUUGCUUCUGCAAUUACUACUGGCGGUUGUCUCCUGGUUGCCCCGGCCGAUGCCCGUGGUGACCCAACAGAGCUGACGCGCCUCAUGGCUGAGCACAAUGUGACAUUCACAGUAGCAACGCCUUCUGAGUACAACAUGUGGUUUCGCUUUGCCUCGGACGGUCUCCGCCGCUGCACUUCCUGGACUUCUGCUUGGUUCGGUGGUGAACGAUCCCCUCCAAGUCUCGUUGACUCAUUCCGUGAGUUGAGCAAAGUACUCCCCAACUUGCGCUUUUAUACAACUUACGGCCCUACUGAAGCAUCUGUGUCCACAAUGAAAGGUGUGGCUGAUGUCAACGACCCCCACUUGACCGUUCCAGUUCCAGGUCGGGUCCUGCCUAAUUACGCUGUGUAUGUCCUCGAUGGGGAGUUGCAGCCAGUUCCUGUUGGCGUUCCGGGAGAGAUAGUCAUUGGCGGUGCUGGUGUUGGCCUGAACGAGUAUCUCAACCGGCCGGAGGCUACGGCAAAGCAAUUUAUCGCAGACCCCUUUGCGCCGCAUGAUAAGCACUGCAGUGGCUGGGGUCGUAUGUAUCUCACCGGAGAUUAUGGCCGGCUCGAUGCCCGUGGUCUACUCGCGGUCGAGGGUCGCGUCGCCGGUGAUGCCCAAGUGAAGGUACGGGGCUUCCGUAUCGAGCUUGCCGAAAUUGAGGCAGUCAUCAUUAAGGAAGCUGGAGGCGCAUUGGCCCUCGCUGUGGUUACACUAAGAACUGGAGAAGAAGACCACGAUGAUAUUCUCAGUGCGCAUGUGGUUAUUCAGAACAGCCACGAGAACAGUGAGGCACAGGUUGCCAAAAUCAUUGGGCAGCUGCGUACUCGCUUGAACAGCAGUCUUCCUCAAUACAUGGUGCCAGCCAUCAUUGUGCCUGUCAGUGAAGUGCCUCUUACUGCCCACGGUAAAGUUGACCGAAAGGCCGUUCAAGCACUUGCCCUACCAGAGGUAAAAUCUUCUAUCGCCAAUCAACCGGAGCUGCAGCAGGACUGGACUUCAAAUGAGCGUCGCCUCGCUGACCUGUGGGCUUCUGUUCUUCCGGUACACUCAUUGGCCUCAGAAGCGCUAUCCUCUCAAUCUAAUUUCUUCCGCGUCGGUGGUAACUCUUUGCUCCUGGUCAAGUUGCAGGCUACUAUCAAGGAUGCAUUUGGUGGUGCACCACGUCUGAGCAAGCUCAUGAGCACUCCCGAACUUGGAGGCAUGGCUACACUUCUUGAGAAUGAGGGCGCUUCCCUCGAUUGGGAUAAGGAGAUUGCGCUGGACUUAUCAGACGGGAUUCCCGCGAUAGGACAACAAGCAAGGGGUUUGAAAAAGAGUGUUACUGGACUCCGCAUACUCGUUACAGGUGCCACCGGAUCUCUGGGCAAGCAAUUGAUUCCUCACUUGGAGGCAAAUGAGCGUGUUACGCAGAUCAUUAUUUUGGCACGACCAAUCGAGGGGCGGGAAUCGUCCGGCCUGUUCUCUAAUCUCUGGGGCAAAAUCCAAAUCCUAUCAACUGAGCUCCCAUCUCUCCCCGCAGAUGAAACUCCUGAGCUGGCAGAGCUUGAUGUGAUCUUACACAUUGCUGCUGACCGCAACUUCUGGGAUGGAUAUGAUGCUCUCAAGCCUGUCAAUGUUACCAGCACCAAGGCACUUGCAAGGUUGGCUCUUCGCACAGGUGCCAAAUUGCAUGUUCUGAGCUCAGGUGCCGUGGCAGAUUAUCAGACAGAUGAUAGAUGUGACUUGCCUCGACCGGAUCCUGCUCAUGGCUAUGUCUCUUCAAAGUGGGUAGCUGAGCGAUACCUCGCCAGCGCAGCACAUCAUCUCGGCCUCCAGGUGACGGCACAUCGACCUACCAAGACUGUUAUGGAUGGCAAUCAUGUCAUUUCGCCUGAACUCAACGAGAUAGAACAUGCCCUGGUUCGCGCCUAUCUCGAAAUUUCGCCUCGUCUCGGUGUUCGGCCAGACUUUGCCAGGCUUGGUGGCACUUUCGACGUCGCCCCACUUGAUGAUGUGGCCGUCGCUGUAGCUACUGCUGUCACCCAGGAUGACAAUUCGGGUCAUGCUAUGUGUACCCUUGACUAUCCUGGCACUGCGGUUCUCCGGACUGAUGUCACAGCAGCAUACGCGGAGGAGCUUUUCCAACGGAAGGAGAACAAGGCUAUCUGGAGUCUUCCAGCUGUCCCAGCAUUGCACUGGGUUGGCCAGGCAAAGCGUGCAGGGCUUUUUGAGUGGUUUAUCACCGCACAGGAAUUAGUUGUCACUGAUUCUGAUGGAAGGAGAGCGGUAUCAAAGAGAUGA